UCUCCAUCCAUCAGCCACAUAAAAGCUUGCAAUCUCGAGCCAGAUAACACCAAGCGGAAGUAGUGUACCAAGAUCGGUAUCACCACUGACUGAUCACCCACAUGGAGAACCACGAUUUCUUUAACGAGCACGAGGACAAGGUGGAGGAAAGACGGAGUUCGUCCAAAGAUGGUAUUUCCACCCUUCCGAUGAUGGGUGCGGUCACAGGGGGUGGAAUAGACCCCUUCAGAACAUAUCCCUCCACACUGCCCUCGGACAUUGUCAGCAAUUGCUUGCAGUAUCGUAUGUAUACCACAUUACAGAUCCCCGAAACUCUACUCCCCACUUAUUCUUGGCUGUAGGGUUGAGCAUCAUGACGCCUCGAAUGAUCCCGAGCUCAGGAGCCAAGAACCCUUAUCUGGAUGCUUGGCUGCCCGUCUCCCUGGAGAACCCAGUGCUGUUCAAUGCGCUGCUGUUCUCAACCGUCACACAUAGGCUCACGCAUUGCCUUGUGAAUCAAAAGAGCACACCUACCUCGAUGGUCCUAGAGAACAAGCAGUUGUUAAUCUUAUGUCAGCAAGAGGCAGCGACGAGAGCGAACAAGGCGCUUCGGCACGCUGCGACUGCAGUAACAGACGCCAGUAUCCUGGCCGUUCUCAUGUUAACUGAAGCAGUGGAUCAUGCCUUUCAGGAGCGAGAUUGGACCGGCUCUUCGCCAUUCAAUUCCCCGCUACAAGGCCUACAAUGGCUCAAUAUUCACGGGGCGCGUGUGCCGCACAUGUCUCAUCAGGCGGGCCUCUGCAAGCUAGUGGCCUUGAAGGGCGGGCUCCAAAGGGUCGGGAUUCCGGGAGCCUCGUUGGCGAUUUUCUACCGGACCUUGGUAAACUCCACUUUAACCUUGACCAAGCCCCAGAUUCCAUUCUAUUCCAACCGUGGGCAUGAUAAUUCCGACUGGCGGUUCCACUUCAGCUCGUCUGGGGGAUGGUGGGACCAUGGGGUGCAGAAAUUCCAGACUGCUGGCCUACCAUCUGCCCUCGCGUGCGUAUUGCAGGGGUUCGUCAUGUACUGCAGCAUGGUCCACGCAUAUGUGAACGGCGACAACGCACCAAACGAUACCAGCUUGUUGUGUGACAUCCGGAACCUAGUCCACUUCCAUGUCAUGUCGCUGCCCACAGGAGCGGAAUGCGACGGAAGAGAAUGGUAUCCCGGGUAUGAAGCCUGCAGGCUUGGCCUGCUCAUAUUUAGCGUCGGGGUUAUUUUCCCCAUCCCCCCUGUCGGCUCGCCACUUCCCGGUCUCGCAGGGCUUCUACGCCGGGAGUUGAGCGAGGGAUCUCUAUUCGAACAAUGCACUCUCGACGCGGACAAUGGGCUUCUCGUGUGGCUCCUUACGAUCGGUGGCAUAGCCGCGCAGCACACCAUCGAAAGAUCGUGGUUUGCACAAAAGCUUACGACCGUCGUCAGUCUUACCUCAAUCUCCAGCUGGCGUGUCCUCCGGGCGCAGCUUAAGACCUUCCCUUGGUUGGACUGUGCAUGCGAUCAUGCCGGAGAAAGGCUGUGGGAGGAGGCCCAACGAUCCACCUCUCCGGCGGCCUUCACAGAUGUCCCGGGUACCCAUCGCUAUACAACAAGGCUCCAGCCAUGCCUUCACUGCCGCCGACGAAGGGUGAAAUGUGACAAGCAGCAACCAUGUCAGAACUGUGUCAAGCAUAAUCUUACUUGCAAAUACACGACUUCGACACUCGAGGAACAGACUGAGACUCCAACUACGGGAAUGACGCAUGCCUGCGGCGUGUGCCGCCAGCGGAAAGUCAGAUGUGAUGGACAGAGACCUUGUAAAGGAUGCCAGAAAUUGCAAGUAUCAUGUUCACGGUAAAGACGCUAUGGACCAUCGCACAACUGGCUUCAUACAUAUUGUUUGCUUUAGAGAAUGGAGCUAAAGUCAGUUCGCUCGCAGUACUCCUUGAAGGAAGUCAUCUUGAUGCCGAACUAUCUCCUGUUAGAACCUUGUGCUGUUUCCAAGAUCCGGGUAAAGGCAAUAUGCUUACCUGCGAGGGUCGGACCACCGUGGGAUCACCCCCGUCAUAUCCGAACUGCUGCGCGAAAAGCACGUUUUCCCCAAAUUCACGACCGAGUCCACCAGGCAGGAGCUUCUCGAAGGACUCAAUGGUGUGAAGUUGGUAGCCACCGUUCGGUACCCCCUGCGACUGGCACCAGAUGUCAAGAUACGUCUCCC